AUGCAACAAACUGUUUGAUGUUUUAUCCGAUUCCGUUUUCGAGAAUUUUUGAAAAAGGUUUCUCCCACAGAAAAAUCAUUAAAUUUUUAACGCCAUGUGCUGGCGAUCACAUGCAUAAUCAAAGAAGUUACAAUCAGCCUUAUGUACUGUACUGCACAAACAUGCAGUAAGCGACGAGAAAGUAAAAAGAAAAUUUCCAAAUGAAGACGACAUUGCCGACUGGUUAGAAGAAUUUCGAAAUGGACCGAGAAGGAAGAAAUCUCCAAAUACAGCUCAUCUUCAUUCUAUCAUUGAGAGAUCUGCUCUUGCUCAGAAAGUAGCCAGAAGUUUAACAAAUAUAUCAAAUAUGGAAAAUUACACUUAACCUUGCUCUCUACGUUCAUUUAUAUUAAAUGAGAAGUGAGAUUGUUGUACAGUAUGUCUUCGGAAAGCCAGCAUCACGCUAAUAUAGGAUACAAAAAAUUAUUUAAACCAGUAUUCGAGAGAUACGAAAAAUCAAGACUUUACUUCGUCCAAACUACUUGUGACUUUUCACAGAAAGCUGAAUUAUCUGAUCCAUUAAGAGAGGACGGAAUUGUAUUUCUUCUGCUACCGUUGCUACUCGAUCCAUCUCCUGUGAUUCAAAGAUUGGCCACUGUUAGUCUUGGACGUUUGGCAAACAAUAAUGCUGACAUUGCGGAUGAUUUAAUUAAAAAGAAUGUAAUUCCGUUGAUGGUUGAUAGAUUAUUACAGGAUAAGAGAAACACAAAUAAUACACCGAGCCCAUAUCAGUUAUAUAAAAGAGCAGCAGCUUUUGUCCUGAGAGCAGUUGCAAAACAUUGUCCAGAAUUUGCUCAAGCAAUUGUCGACGUAGAAGGAUUGAAUGCUCUUGAAAUCUGUUUACAGGAAUCUGAUUCGAUGGUAAAGGAAUCAGCAGCUUACGCAAUUGCAAAUAUUUCUAAGCAUACAGAAGAGUUAGCCAGUUUUGUGGUAAAAAAAGGUAUCUUUCCUUUGCUGAUAAAAUGUUUAGAAGUGGGAGAAAUAAAUUUGACAAAAACUGUAGCUAUGGCUAUUUUGGAAAUAAGCAAAUAUUCAGGUCCUUUAAAAGAAGCUUUGAAUGAAAAUGAUUGCAUUCAUACCAUAUGCCAAUUGAUCACAACAUCAGACAAUAGAAUAAAGCUUCUUCUUAUACCUAUUUUAAUAUUCAUUGUGAGGAGUUCAGACGAAUUAGCUCAAAAAGUAGUUGAGAAAAAUGCAGUUCCUUCUGUUUGUACCAUGUUAUUAGAAGAUGAUCAAAAUAUUGUAAAGAAUGCUGCAUCUUUUCUUUACGAAAUGGCUAAUCAGAGUCUUGAAGUAGCUCAAUCAGUGGUUAAUAGUGGUGCAAUCCCCAUCGUAAUCAAAUAUUUGCAGAAAAAAUAUUUUAAAGAUGACGUUAGAACAUCUGGAAUAAUGUUUCUUGGCCAAAUAGCAUCACAUGCCGAAAAUUUAGCAGCUGUUGUUAUUGAAAAUAAGGCUGUUCCAAUUUUAUGCUCAAUUCUCACAGAAGAAGAUUGUAGCGAGUGCACUAAAGAAGCUACAGCAUGGGCUCUUGGUCACAUUGGAAGUCACAAUGCUGAUCAUGCUAGAGUAGUGGGCGAAAAUAACGGUUUGGUGUGGCUUUUAGUCACUGCUCACGAUGGUCGAUUAUCAGCUGAUAUCAGAAUGAAGAGUAAAAAGUCACUGAGAAUGAUUCUAGAACAUUGCGAACAUCAAGCAUCUCUCGAAGCAUUAAUUCAAGAUUGUCCGUUAGACAUAAUGGAAUUAGUUUUAGCUCAAUAUAGCAAGAUUUUACUAUAUAAUGUUCGGGCUCGUAUUGGCUUCAUUAUGGUUGGUGCUCUGAAAAAAAUUCAGGAAUUAAAAACUGAAGGAAGAACUGAAAUUAAUCAGUACAUUCAUACAAUCAAUUCUUGCUUUCCUGAAGAAGUCGUAAAGUAUUAUACACCUAGUUAUCUUCAAGAAUUACUCACUAAAGUUGAAGAAUACAAACCAGUUAAACAACAUUAAUUUUGAUGGCAAAAUUUAUUUAAAAUAAUAUUUUAAAUUGAAAAAAAAAUUAAAAUAUUGAUUAAAUAAAAUAAUUUAUUCUGGAUAAUAUGUAAAUUCAUAUAAAAUU